CCUAACUUUUUGUUGUAAACAAUUUGAAUGGUUUAUUUUUGAUAUGCGGACUUUAAAUAAUAGAAAUGUCCGAUAAAAUUCAGUAUAACUCCGAUUUAAAGAAGCUGUGUAGGACGUGUUUGUCCCCUUUAGCUGCUGAAGAAAAAUUUUCCAUUUUCAAAGAUUUUCUCGUCGCUAAACACUUGAGUGAAAUAACAAAAGUCCAAUUUGUACACCAUUCAGCUUUAUCUGCUGAACUGUGUCCGAAAUGCCACCAAAACCUUAAAACAGCAAUAGACUUCAGAGACCAAGUACAAAACAUCGAAUUGCAAUUUAAAAAAAUUGCAAAGCUUUUAAACGAGGCCAGUCAAAUUCCCUAUGUUGAAGUAGUAGACCUGGUUGAUAGUGAUAAUUCUACCCAGAAUAAUGUAGAGAAAAAUACAAAAGGGACUAAUACGGAACCUCUACAAACUUUAGAUUUAAAUAUUAGGGAAAUUAUUGUAGAAAAAUCACCUAUUCAUGAGAGUAUUAUUAAUACAGACACCUUAGAAGAUUUACAAGACAAAAGUGACAAUGAAAUGAAUUUAGAAAAUGCAUCUAGUCAAGAGGAUAUUGUUAACUUAAUUACUGAAAGUGAUACAGAAAAUGUAGAGAAUACAGAAAAUAUAGAAAAUACACUUAGUCAAGAUGUUAUUGAAGAUGAUCCUCCAAUUCCAAAAAAGUCAUUUGCAUGCCUGUACUGCGACAGACUGUUUAUUUUUCACAGUAGUUGUAUAGAACAUGAAAAAGUGGUUCACUCCAAUGGUCAAACGAUUGAGAGGAAACAAUUCGAAUGCAGUAUUUGUGGUGAACAAUUUUCGCGCAGAGGAGUGUACAGAGGCCAUCUUAAGAAGAAACACCGGAAUAUAAGACCUUUUGCCUGUAAAAUAUGUAAGAAUAUAUAUUAUACAAAGCACGAUUUAGCUCAUCAUAUGGCGGUGCACCGCACAGAGAGGCCGUAUAUGUGUGAUCUAUGUCCAAAGACAUUCAACACUUCUCGUAAUUUACUGAACCACAAAAUGGUCCAUAAAAAGGCGUAUCAGUGUGAACUAUGCGGACUCAAGUUAUCCACAAAUGCCAGUCUAAACAUGCAUAAAAUUUGUCACACAGAUGAGAGAAAUUUUAUUUGCGACAUUUGCGGGAAAGCCUUUAAAUCGAAGACAAACCUAAUGUGGCACAAAAGGGUUCACUUAAAUCCCGUGAACUGUACCAUUUGCGAAAAAGAAUUCACCACAGAAACGUACUUGAAUAUUCACAUGAAAAUUCACACAAAAGAAAAACCUUACAAAUGCGAUGUUUGUGGAAAAGGGUUUCAAUUUAAUGGUAACUUGAAGAAGCAUAAAAAGAGCCAUGCUGUUGCUGAUGAGUUACAACACAAAACAGCAGAAUCUAUAUGCAAAACUUGUUUGAAAUAUCUGCUCAUUGCGACACAAUACAAACAACAAAUUCUGAGAGUCGAAUUGCGCUUGCAGAACAUUAUAAAAAUGACUGUUGAUAAUAAUGAUACGGAUUUCGAUUUUCCUUAUAUUACACCUGAGAAUCCAAUUGACGAAGAAAACUUGAACAUUGACCCUGAAUCUUGCAAUGUUAAAGUCGAACCUUCUGAGUCAGGAGAUGAACAUAAUGUAUUAGAGGCAGAGUUAGAAGAGGGUGAAGUUGUUGAGGAAAAUAACACUGAUGAUAACUGUGAUUCAUCUGAACCUAAAGAUCAACCUGAUAAUGACAUAGCUAAUAUUACUGAUGUUUUAAUUAAAACUGAAAACAUACCUAGUGUUGAGGAGGAUCCGAUUGCUGUAAAUGUAGCUCAUGUCAAAGAGGUACAUCCAAAAGAAAAGCCCGUCAAAGAGCCACGUUAUAAGGAUAAACCCGCACUAAUUAGCUGCGAUUUGUGCGAUAAAAAGUUUAAAUAUAACUAUUCUUUGAAGCUUCAUUCGGUAGUACAUACUGGGGAAAAAUUGUACAAAUGUACAUACUGCGAUGAAAAAUUCAAAUCUACGCCAAUGCGAAUUGAACACGAGAAAAUUACUCAUACCGGGGGGAUCACACCUUACAAAUGCGAAAUCUGUCACAAGUUUUUCAACAAAAAAUACAACCUGACGCUCCAUAUAAGGACUCAUACUCGAGAGAAUCCCGUCGCAUGUCCGGAUUGUCCAAAAAGAUUUCGCAAUCGGAGUGCUUUGAGUGCUCACGUGCAGGUUAACCAUUCGGAAAAGAAGUACCAGUGUGAAAUGUGCGGGUACAAAGCUAGUACCAUGUACGUCCUGAAACGUCACAUUAAGAGGCAUGUUUUGGACAAGUCACUGCCAUGUGACGUGUGCAACAAGAUGUUCCAAACGGAAAAAGAUCUUCGCUAUCACAGGAGGAGGCACACGGAACGGUUUGGCUGUUCGAUGUGCAACGUAAAAUUCAGGACAAGGUUGUAUUUGAAGAAGCACAUUGAGGAAUCCCACGAAGGACAGUCUCCGUUCGACUGUAGCAUCUGCAAGCAAAGGUUUGAAUCUGCAAAAGAUUUGAGAUUUCACAGAUUCACUCAGCACCCAAAAAAAUUCAAAUGCGAUCUUUGCAAUCGAAGUUUCCGUAAUAAGUUUAUUCAAAAAUAUAAACUAAUAAAUUCAAUAAAUUUUAACCCAAUGGCUCAGGAAAUCCAAAUUGUACCCGAUCUAUAUAAGUUAUGCAGGACCUGCCUUUCACAACAUUCCCCAGAAAACAUGAAAUUCUUAUUCGGAAACGAAAAUAUAGCCAAAAGUUUGAGUGAACUUAUCAAUAUAAAGAUUGACUUAGAUGUAUAUUCUCCAACCUGUAUAUGCACUGGGUGUUUAGAGAAACUCAAUGUGGCUGUUGGGUUUUGUAAACAAGCAAGACAUGCAGAUGGUGAAUUAAAAAAUAUAGUAGAGCCGUUAAAAAGUACAAAUGAAACAUUAAAUACAGGCAGUUUUGUAAAUUUCAAUGAUGAUAAUUUGUCAGUUUGUAUAAUUUUAAGGGAAGAUUCAGGACUUGAAAACUUAAAUGUACAUAGGACAAUACAUGUCAAGAAUGAAAAAUUUGAGUGUGAAAACUGUAAAAAAACGUUUUCUAACAGACGUAAUCUGAAAAAUCACGAGAAAAUUCAUACUGGUGAAAAGAAACAUUCGUGUCACAUCUGCGGAGCAAAAUUUAUAAAUAUUUUCAGACUAAGAACGCACCAGAGAUCACAUUCAGGCAAAACACCAUAUUAUUGUAAAGUCUGUAAUAAAAAUUUCCACUCAUCGUCCUACUUAAAAGUACACACGAGAAUUCACACAUUAGAAAAACCUUAUUCAUGUACAACAUGUCCUAAAAUGUUUAUAAGUAAAAACAUGCUCACUAAACAUGAACUUAUACAUUCGGUUAAUAAGGAUUACCAGUGUGAUAAAUGUGGCCACAGAUCACUGAGAGAGAAUAAACUAUCAAAUUUUAACCCAAUGGCUCAGGAAAUCCAAAUUGUACCCGAUCUAUAUAAGUUAUGCAGGACCUGCCUUUCACAACAUUCCCCAGAAAACAUGAAAUUCUUAUUUGGAAACGAAAAUAUAGCCAAAAGUUUGAGUGAACUUAUUAAUAUAAAGAUUGACUUAGAUGCAUAUUCUCCAACCUGUAUAUGCACAGGGUGUUUAGAGAAACUCAAUGUGGCUGUUGGGUUUUGUAAACAAGCAAGACAUGCAGAUGGUGAAUUAAAAAAUAUAGUAGAGCCGUUAAAAAGUACAAAUGAAAUAUUAAAUACAGACAGUUUUGUAAAUUUCAAUAAUGAUGAUAAUUUGUCAGUUUGUAUAAUUUUAAGGGAAGAUUCUAACUUAAUAAACAAUGAUGUUUUAAGUUCAGGACUUGAAAACUUAAAUGUACAUAGGACAAUACAUGUCAAGAAUGAAAAAUUUGAGUGUGAAAACUGUAAAAAAACGUUUUCUAACAGACGUAAUCUGAGAAAUCACGAGAAAAUUCAUACUGGUGAAAAGAAACAUGGGUGUCAUAUCUGCGGAGCAAAAUUUAUAAAUAUUUUCAGACUAAGAACGCACCAGAGAUCACAUUCAGGUGAAACACCAUAUUAUUGUAAAGUCUGUAAUAAAAAUUUCCACUCAUCGUCCUACUUAAAAGUACACACGAGAAUUCACACAUUAGAAAAACCUUAUUCAUGUACAACAUGUCCUAAAAUGUUUAUAAGUAAAAACAUGCUCACUAAACAUGAACUUAUACAUUCGGUUAAUAAGGAUUACCAGUGUGAUAAAUGUGGCCACAGAUCACUGAGAGAGAGCGAUUUAAAUGUUCAUAUGCGAUCGCAUUCGGAUGAUAGACCUUAUGCAUGUGAUACGUGUGGUAAAAGCUACAAAACCACUAGUAACUUGGCAUUUCACAAAAAAGGGCACACUGGCGUGAAGAAUCACAGAUGUUCGAUUUGCGACAAACGUUUCAUGGAUAAAAGGGUUCUUGAGGGUCAUAUUAUGGUUCAUACAGGCGAGACUCCAUACCAAUGUGACAUUUGUGGGCAAAGAUUUAGACAAUCAGGGCAAUUUUCAAAACACAAGAGAAUUCUGCAUUCUGAUAGUAAUUCCAAUAGCUGAAAUUCUGUAUUUUUAUAUACAGGGCGAGUCUUAAAUAAGUGCAAAUAUUUUUAGGGCUCGUAAAUUUGGAAAUUUUUUAAAUUUUUAGUUCAAAAACAUAAUAUCUUGGUAAUA